AUGGAACUUUGUACCAAUCCUAGUUUAGUAAUCCCAUAUGGAUCUCAUUCUUCAGGGCAGUGUGGUUAUUGUAAAAAUAGUUCUAAUGACAAAAAGACUAAUUGGGGUAUGAUGGCUGAACGACUUACUGUUUCAGAUUAUCAAUAUAUGAUCGAUCGAGGAUGGCGUCGAUCAGGUACUUACUGUUAUAAACCUUUAAAUGAUGUUACUUGUUGUCCAUCAUAUACUAUUCGAUGUGAUGCAUUACAUUUCCAUUUAAAGAAAUCACAUAAAAGAGUGUUGAAAAAUAUGUACAAUUUUUUAAAGUUUGGACAGUUACCUCAUGAAAAAACAUCUCAUCAAAAAGAGGAUCUUAAUAAUCUUAGAACGGAUGAUCAUCGUAUGUUUGUUCCUGAGGGAAAAUCGAUGCCUGUUUUAUCAUUUAAAAAUGUCACCACAGUUCAACAGAAUGAAGAGAAAACUAAAAACCAAACAAAUAUAUAUCAAACAGAUUGUUUCGGCGAUAAAAUAUCAUCAUCAACAGAAAAUGCCCCUAGUACACCACAUUGUACAUUAAAUACAUCAAAUGGUAGUAAUAAUAAUAAUAAUGUGGAAUUUCAAAGCAUUCCAUCAGGUGAUAAAAUUCAAAGUUCAUCGUCGCAUGGCAGUCACAAAAUGAAAGCUCAUCUUCGUCGUUGGAUAGCUAAACAAGAACAUUUACGUCAUAGAAGCCUAAAAGAAAAUCGUUCAUUUGAAAUUUUACUUCAGGAGUACUAUGAAAGACGUCAGAAACGUUUAGAUAAAAAUAAACCAAAGCAAGUCGAAGAUUUUCUACAAUCUGAACCAAACAAAGGAGAAGGAAAGCACUUUAUCGAAAUUCGUUUAAUACGUACAUCUUCACCAACAGAUAACGAUUAUGAAUCUCGUAUAAAAUUAUCUCAUAGAAUUUAUGAACAAUAUCAAAUUCAUAUACAUAAAGAUGAGAAAGAAGAUUGUACUUGGGAGAAAUUUCAACGUUUCUUAGUUAAAUCUCCAUUAGUAUUGGACGAUUUUGAAUGGAAUUCAACUUCACCAAUGUUUGGUUCUUAUCAUCAACAAUAUUGGCUUGAUGGUGAAAAAUUAAUUGCUGUCGGUGUUAUCGAUCUACUUCCACGAUGUCUUUCAUCUGUUUAUGUUUUCUAUGAUCCGAACUAUUCAUUUCUUCAUCUUGGUACAUAUACUGCUUUACGUGAAAUUGCAUUUGUUCGUUAUUUAUCUAAUACUUAUGGUUUAAAUUCAAUUCAAUCCGAUGUAUUAUAUCAAAAUUUUAAUUCAUAUUAUAUGGGUUAUUAUAUUCAUUCAUGUUGUAAAAUGUCAUAUAAAUCACAAUAUGGUCCUGCUUAUUUAGCAUGUUCUGAAACCUAUAAUUGGAUACCUAUUAAUCAUUGUAUACAAUUAUUAAAUCAAUUAAAGUUAAAUAAUCAUUAUACAAGAUUUUCAUCUCUAUCUUCAAUUGAUAUAAAUUCAAUUCCUGUUACUAUGGAUAUAGAUACAUUAGAUUCACAUAUUUAUUUUUAUAUAAAGUACAAUGAUAAUACAUCAUCAUCGUCAUCGUCAUCGUCGAAGACAAUCAGUAGUAAAGAAGAUUUCAUGAAUCAUACACCAGUAUCUCUUUAUAAUUUACGUUCAUAUUUAAAUAAACAAGUUAUUCCUAUAUUUCGUGAAUGGGCUAAAUUAUUAGGUAAACGUGUAUUAUCUGGACAUUUUCAAAUUAUUAUACAUUCGAAUUAA